AUGACGGUGAGCAUUUUGUUCACGAUUUCUAGCCGUGACGCACGUAUUGCCCUCGGGCAUUCGUCAAAAGAGAAUAACAGGAUUUUAUAUUGUUGCAUCUUGUUUAUUGUCUUCUUUAUGUAUAGAGGAAAAUGCCUUUGUUGCUUCCUACUUUCUUUCACUAAUUAUUUAUAUAUUUUUGUGUUUCUUUCUCUAUUUCUUUCAUGCAUGAACUCACUUUUUCUUUCCUUCUAUAUUAUAAAUCUUGUCUUCUAUUCCCUUGUUCUUUCUUUCUUUCUUUCUUUCUUUCUUUCUUUCUUUCUUUCUUACACUCCUUUGUCCAUCUUUCUUUUUUUCAUGAACUCACUUUUUCUUUUUUUCUAUAUUAUGAAUAUUGUCUUUUACUCGCCCUUUCUUUCUAUCUUUUUUCUUCUACUCAUUUGUCCAUCUUUCUUUCUAUCUUUAUUUCUUUCCUUUCAUGAACUCACUGUUUCUUUUUUUUUCUAUAUUAUAAAUCCUGUCUUUUACUCCUUUGUUCUUUCUUCUUUGUUUCGUUCUUUUUUUGUUUCUUUUUUCAUUCUUUCUUUCUUCCGCUCAUUUGUCCAUCUUUCUUUCUUUCCUUUGGUGAACUCAAUUUUUCUUUCUUUCUAUAUUUUAAAUUUUGUGAUUUACUCGCUCGUUCCUUCUUUCUUUCUUCCUUUCCUUCUUUCUUCCGCUAAUUUAUCCAUCUUUCUUUGUUUUCAUGAACUCACUUUUUUUCCUAUCUUAUAA